AUGGGCUGCUCCAACUCUCGUUCCGCCGUCAAACUGACAGAUGAGGACGUGCAGUUUCUCAUGAAGAACACCAGCUACACGGAGAAGGAGAUUCGCGACUGGUACAAGGGCUUUCAGGUGGACUGCCCCGAUGGGAAGCUGUCCCGGGACAAGUUCAUCGACAUCUACAAGAACUUCUUCAAGGGCGGCAAUCCGGAGAAGUUCUGCGAGCACGUCUACCGCACCUUUGACGAGGACGGCAACGGGUCCAUUGAUUUCAAGGAGUUCCUUCUUGCCAUAGGCAUCACCACCAGCACCAAUGCUCGCGAGAAGCUCAAGUGGGCCUUCAAGAUGUACGACGUCGACUCUAACGGUGUCAUUGAACUAGACGAGAUGACGCGGAUCAUCAAGGCGCUCCACGAAAUGCUGGGCGACGAGGCGGUGAGCGCCUUUGAGGGCGAGGAGGCGGCCGAACGGAUAAAGGACAUCUUUGAGAAGAUGGACGCCAACAAUGACGGCAAGAUCAGCCUGGAGGAGUUCCUCGAGGUGUGCAACAUCGACGACGGCCUCGCCAAGUUGCUCUCACUCUCGGGGGAGAUGUAG